AUGGCAACCAUCUUUGUGGCCGCGCAGGCUUCUACGACAGGCAACUCAACCACUGGCGGGAACUCAUACUACCAAGAGGAUGCAGCACAAGUCCAUCUCGAGGGACUCAACAGGACCAUCGCCCAUUCCUACCUCGGGGCAUUACUGGGUGUCGUCGCCUUGCUUUUCGCCUAUUCAGUGACUCUACGGCUCAAUGCACACAUUCGACAUUUGGCUUCCAUGUCCGGCGCAGGCGCUCUUCGAUACUUUUCCAGCUCGUCGCCUGCUCUCAGUCUAGUCAAAAGCAAGAUGCUGUACGCACCAAUCCUCUUCUAUCGGCGAGCACGAGAGAUCAGAUUUUCUCGACGUGUCACUUUGGGAACUGUUCCAACACGAUUGCAAUCUAUAUUCAUUCUUUCAGUUGUCAUUACGAAUGUCUUCCUCUGCACCUGGGACAUCCCAUGGUCGAAAUCUGAACAAAAGCUCUUGCCUAUCCUCAGAAACCGAACUGGGACCCUUGCGGUGACCAAUUUCAUCCCGAUAAUGGUCAUGGCCACGGUGAAGAAUCCGUUGAUUUCGAUGCUGGACAUCUCUUACGAUACUUUCAAUCUGAUGCACCGCUGGUUUGGUCGCCUCGCUAUCUGCGAAGUCAUCACUCAUGUUCUGUGCUGGCUCAUUGCAAAAGUGCAGUCAAGUGGGUGGGCGGCAGUGAAGACAUCAUUGGAGAGUCCUUUCAUCUACAGUGGCUUAACUGCCGCCAUCAGCCUCGUACUCAUCUUGUUGUCAAGUCCAAAGAUGAUUAGGAACCUGGCAUACGAGUUCUUUCUUCACCUACAUAUCGUCCUUGUGGUGCUGGUACUCGUGUUCCUCUGGAGGCACCUUGAAGGUGUACCUCAAAGGGGCUUAUUGCUCGGGGCCGCCAUAAUUUGGGCCACGGCAAGAUCUCUGAGACUUGCGACAUUGAUCUACAGAAGUGUUGGAACAGGUGGCACCAAAGUCAAGAUUGAUCCGCUCAACGGUGGCGUGGUCAAAAUCACGCUCACGAGCCCAAGGCCUUGGACCUAUCGCCCUGGGCAGUCGCUGUACUUGACAAUUCCUUCCAUCGGGCUAUGGACUGCGCACCCCUUUUCUGUUGCAUGGUCCGGGAUCGAAGACCCUCUGAGCAGAUCAUCUUCACUCAGAUCAAAUUACAGCGAAAAGAGACCUAUAAUUCACAUAUCCCCAAAGGAUAUCGAGAAACGUGGAGAGGAAACAAUGUCCUUGAUUGUCAAAAAGGAGACCGGCAUGACGAACAAACUCUGGCAUCGGGCAAUGACAGCAGGGGCUGGUCUGGAGCUCAAUGCUUUGAUCGAAGGACCUUACGGAACCGAGCGCAGCAUGUCAAGCUAUGGGACGGUGGUCCUCUUUGCCAGCGGUGUGGGCAUUACGCAUCAACUCGGAUAUGUCAAAGAGCUUGUUGAAGGAUAUAGCCACGGUACGGUCGCAGCGAAGAGAGUCACACUUGUGUGGGUCAUACCGAACACAGAAUGUCUAGACUGGAUCCGACCUUGGAUGCAUGAGAUCCUUUCCAUCGAGGGACGGAGAGAGGUGCUCAAAGUUCUGCUGUAUGUUACAAGAGUCAGCCUCAGUCAGGCUAUCCGAAGUCCCAGCGAGCACGUUCAGAUGGCUCGAGGGAGACCGGAUGUGGAAGCCAUCAUUGCGGGAGAAGCCAAACAGAAAGUCGGCUGUAUGGGAGUGAGUGUCUGCGCUGGAGGAGGGUUAGCAGACGAAGUCAGGCGUGCAUCCCGGGCGAUGCUUGACAUUGGCGUGAAUGUGGAUUUCGUUGAGGAAGGGUUCGGGUGGUGA